AUAAGCUUGAAAUGCGUCUCCCUGCCGAUCGAGGUGCAGAAUCUGCACGACAACAUGCACAUAUCAAUGUUGAUUCCGCCAUUCAAGGGGGAACCCGGCCAGGAUGUGAUCGACAACUAUCUGCGCCUGCUCGUCGAGAUCUUCAUUCGAGGCUGGGAAAGGGGUAUCCGCCUCAGCAGAACGGCGCAUUAUCCCGACGGACGCAACGUUGUCUUCGCAUUGAUCUAUGCUGUCGCGGAUUUGAAGGCGCGCGUCAAGGUUGCUGGAGUACAAGAUCACGCAGCGCACCGUUGCGGCGGCAUAUGCGACUGCGUGGGGAGCGACACGCACAGAAGAUUCGACUACAGCUCGUGGAGGCCCCUGACUGUGGACGAGAUGAAAGACCGGGCGGCGAGGUGGAGGACAGAGAGCACCGCAUCCGGACGGCAGAAAGCGUUCCGAACUAACGGUGCUCGCGAUAGCAUUAUGUAUCGACUGCCGUAUUGGAACCCGGUGCGCCAAGUCGUCAUAGACCCCAUGCAC